AUGUCUAAGAACUCGGAGUUUAUCAAUCUGUCAUUUUUGUUAGAUCAUGAGAAGGAAAUGAUCCUGGGAGUCUUAAAGAGAGAUGAAUACUUGAAAAAAGUGGAGGACAAGAGAAUAAGGAAGCUGAAAAAUGAACUCUUAGAAGCAAAACGUAGAAGUGGGAAGACUCAACAACAAACCAACAGAGUCUGCGUUCACUGCCAGAGAAACCUGGGCUUAAUAUUUGACCGAGGAGAGCCGUGCCCGGCCUGCUCCCUGAGAGUGUGCAGCGAGUGUCGGGUCUCAGGCCUUGAUGGCGGCUGGAAGUGCACUAUCUGUGCCAAAGUCACACAGCUAAGGAUCGUAACUGGUGAGUGGUUUUUUGAAGAAAAGGCAAAGCGUUUCAAGCAAGUCAAUGUUCUGGGCACUGAUGUAGUCCGACAGUCCAUCUUAAGAAGAAGUCCAGGAACUGAAGAAAUACAAAGUCAAGAGCAACCCCGCCGGGACCCAGAAAAGACAGACACUUCACCUUCUGCUGGGCAAAAGGCCGGUCGUGACGGACCCAGAAGAAAAGGAUUUCUUCUGAGCAAGUUCAGAUCAGCAACCAGAGGAGAAAUCAUAACUCCAAAAACGGAAAGUGGGCGGAGCUACAGCUUGGACUUAGACAGCCAAAACUUUCGGAGUUUAAAGUCAGUCCCUGGUUCGGACAGGGGAAGCAGUGGUUCAUCAGAUCUGAAUGACCAGGAAGCUGGCCCCGCAACCCCGAAGAGUAGCCGGAGCAGCGGUGUGACCCCCGUCACUCAGAGGUCACCAGCCCCAAGCACAUACAGUGUGACCUCAGUCAGCAUUAGAGAACAUGGUUUUGAAAAUUCCGUGGAUUUGGCUGCCAUUGAAAGCACGUACGAGGACCUCCCAAAGAGUCAUCGCAGAAACGUUUCUGGUACACCUUCCAUCGCAGUGUCUGAGAUCUCCCUCUCCUCAGACCGGAGUCGAUCUGAGUUAGAUCUGACUGGGUCCUUUCCAGAAGACUUAGAGAAUACUGCAAACAUAAGAAGCAAGUCUGUCCCUGGGGCUUUAGACAAAGACUUGGGCUCCUUGGAAGAGACUGAGGAAGGUGUUCAUGACUUAGCGUCCUCCCGGUUUUCUGCCAACAACCACAGUCUAGCAAGUGGCCUGUCAACCAAUUCUCAAGCAGGCUCUGACAGGAAGUGGACCUACCUAAAUGUCCCUGAUGCUGACUCAGACACUACCAGCCUUAACAGCAUGAUGAGUGUUUACAGUGAAACAGGAGACUAUGGCAAUGUGAAGGUCAGUGGUGAAAUCCUUCUCCACAUCAGCUACUGCUACAAAACUGGCGGGCUCUACAUUUUUGUCAAGAAUUGCAGAAAUCUGGCCAUAGGAGAUGAAAAGAAACAGAGGACAGAUGCUUAUGUCAAGUCAUACCUUCUUCCUGACAAGUCCAGAAACAAUAAGCGCAAGACCAAGGUCAGAACAGGCACCAAUCCAGAAUUCAAUGAGACGCUAAAGUACACCAUCAGCCACACCCAGCUGGAAACAAGAACUCUGCAGCUCUCAGUCUGGCAUCAUGAUCGAUUUGGACGUAACAGCUUCCUUGGGGAGGUGGAGAUUCCUUUUGAUUCAUGGAACUUUGAAAAUCCAAAUGAUGAGUGGUUUGUGCUUCAGCCCAAGGUGGAAUUUGCUGCGGACAUAGGCCUUCACUAUAAAGGAGAGCUAACAGUUGUUUUACGUUACAUCUCCCCAGAGGAGAACCUGAUGCUUCCUCUAGAAGAAGUUCAAGGAAAGAAGACCUUCAAAAGGGGAAAGAAGAAGGAGUCACCUGUAAUCUCUGGAGGAAUCCUGGAAGUGUUCAUCAAAGAGGCAAAGAAUUUGACAGCAGUGAAGUCAGGAGGCACUUCUGAUAGCUUUGUGAAGGGCUACCUGCUCCCAGAUGAUAGCAAAGCUACCAAGCACAAAACUCUCGUGAUAAAGAAGAGUGUUAACCCUCAGUGGAAUCAUACUUUCAUGUUCAGUGGCCUGAGCCCCCAGGACAUAAAGAAUGUUUGCCUAGAACUUACCGUCUGGGACAAGGAGCCCUUUUCCAGCAACAUCUUUCUGGGAGGAGUUCGUUUGAAUUCUGGGACCGGUGUGAGCCAUGGGAAGAAUGUGGAUUGGAUGGACUCUCAGGGGGAAGAGCAACGCCUAUGGCAGAAGAUGGCGGACAGUCCUGGGACCCCUGUCGAGGGUGUACUCAUGCUCCGGUCCAGCAUGGGGAAGUGUAGGCUCUGA